CACAAAACAUCAAAACCGGCAUACCAUUUGAUCUUGAUUAACAUGCCGAUAUACUCAUCUUCUAAUUCCGAAGAAUCUAACAAUGAUAACAGUCUAAACGUGUAAGUUGCAGUCGCGGAUAUAAUAUUAUGGAGAAAUGAAAGCUUGUCCGUGGCCAAUAUACUAGGGUUUAUGACGAUAUGGUUUCUCUUAGAAGUCCUCGAGUACACCUCUGUUUCUGUUGUAUUUUACGUCGUGAUCCUUUGCAUUUUGAUGAUUUUCAUCACCAUGAUCGUGAUGUUGGCUCUCUUAUCCUUUUACGGGACCUCCACAGAAGUUACAAAUUGGGGAAAGAUCAGUAUGAUUCUGCAUUAUUGCAUCCUGGAAAAAUGCCUAAAGCUUUUCUUUGUGAUCGGGUUAGCAUUGUUGACGACUUCGGUUAUCGCAAACUAUUUGAUCAGCCCGUUGUAUCUCUUGUUUAUCUAUGUUAUUUGCCUUGGACUUUACUGGUAUUUUACGAGAAGUAGGAGGUCGAUUAUCUGAUCAACAAAAGGAUGAAAUAUGCCACAAAGAUGCUAAAGAAAGGGAUGAAAUAUGGCCAAAGAUGCUAAAGAAAUUUGAAACAAAUAUUUACGAAAAGAAGGCAAAUUAGUAUUCAGUAUUGUCUUACUGGUUCAGUUUAUAAGCUUAUUAUUGUAAUGUUAUAAAUCAAGAUAGACAUGUAACA